AUGGACGUCCAACUGCACCGAUUGGAUUUGUUGCAAUGCGGCGCCUUGCAGCCUGGCACUCUGGAAGUCUUGCCCGUCGGGAAAAAGAAGCAGCAGAAGAUCGCGGUGGGGGAUGACAGCGGGGUCCUACAGGUCUUUUACUUGAAGAAGGGAGAGGCGCUUCUCCGACGUCGGCGGCCGGGUCUUUCGCGCGCCGGUGCGGUGCAGUACGAGUGGAAGUCUCCGGCACUGGGGCGAGAGAUCAGCUCCGUGGUGAUGCAGAUGGCAAAGGAUAAGAUCUUCGUGGGCUGCGGCCAGUCCAUCCAUGGCUUCACACGGAAGGGCAAGGAGUUCGUGAAGAUCAAGACGAACCUCACCGAGACGAUUCACCAUUUGUUCGUGGAGGAGAACAUGAUUUGGACUGGAGGAGAAUAUAUCCUGAACAUCUAUGACAACUGCAAGGACUAUGGCUUCGUCAUGACGAAAGAUCGAAUCAACGACCUCACCUGCGCUCCGGUGUAUCCGGGAGAGAUCCUCAGCACCAUCGUGGCCUGUCAGGAGAGGGCGGUGGAAGCGGACAAAUGCUUAAGAGUCUUCCAGGGAGAAAAGGUCUUUCACGAGUUCGCAGUGGAAGGUUCGGCGACUGCCUUGGGCUUUCAUGGCCUCAGUCCGGUGGACAACCCUGCGCAUCAUGUGGGAGAUCCAGUCCAGAUGAUCUAUGGCACUGAGCAAGGCGUGGUGGGCCUUUGUUCUUUGGAUGCCAAGUCCAUGCGCCGCACCGGCGGCGUCUCCGACCGGCAAAACCGCCCGGGCGUGGGCUCCGGCGCUUCGUCGCGGCGCCCGCGGGUGUGCUGCUUGCACACGGCGGAUGUGGUGAAGAGCGGGGCCUUGGAUCUCCUCGUGGGGCGUGAUGAUGGGACCCUGGAGCUCUGGAACUUGGGUGAUGCGGCAGCCUUUGCCUCUCAACGACUGGAGCAAGCGCCGACACCCUUGUGGGAGACCUGCUUACAGGAGAGCAUUCAGUCCUUGAGCUCCGGCCACAUCACCGGUGCCUUGGAAGCCACGGAAGCCACGGAAGCCGGCGUUCACGGUGGCGACUACAUGGAGGUCAUCUUAGCCACUUACAGCGGAAAGGUCUUAGCUUUCACUCCAAGCGGCGCUGCUCGAGAUCCCACUGGGACACAGAUGGCCAAGCAGGAAGAGAGGGAAGAGGCUGGGGCAUCCGUGAUGUCCAGGAUGGUGAAAGGCACCAAAUCCUCCGACCUGGAGCAAGCUGAGAUGAAGCAAGAGCGCAGUCGAAGGUUUCAAGCCUUGGAGCAGGAGGCAGAGACCGACAAGGCUCGGAAGGACUAUCAGAAUUUGUCCUCCGAGCAGAUUGCCAUGCAGACCACCACCAAGGUCUCGCACCGUUUUGGCCUCACCAGUGAGGAGGCUUGUUACAUUCUCACCUUGGAGUCGCAAGCUGCCAUCGAGCUCAUCGCUCUCAGAGCUGAUGUCGAAGUGGAUCUAUUGGAUCACAGCGGCACGUCAGCGAUUUUGUCGAGAUCUCGAGGGGAUCCACAAAAUCCCUUGCUGGCCUAUUACAGGAUGCAAGAAGAAGGCAGCCGCUUUCAAAUCCGCAUGCGUACCGUGGAAGGCUUAAGCGGCACCUUGUCCGCCUUCGUGGUGCCUGAGACACAGCCCAAGACGGCGCAUUUGAUCACGGUCUCCAUCAAGCCCUUAGCCUUGCACGAGAAGAUCCCGGAGGUGAGCCCUGAGGUGCCCAUGAACGAGCUCCGCUUGAGCGGACCCUUCUCGGUGACUGACAUGCACAGCUGGUUGAUGCUAUGUGUCAAUGAGUUGCCCUCGCGGCCCACAGAUGAUGAGAUGGUCAUCGCGUACCGGAGCACCUUUGUGGGCACUCAGCUCUAUGGCAGGUAUUCCAAGGGCUCUGCGAUCUUCAGGUCUGACUCGAUUACCACCAUCAGUGUCUUGAAGGAUAUCAUUUCCAAGGAGGCCACGGCCAAAAAGAUCCAGGUGCAAAUGCACGUGGACGUGAACGAGGAGACCUUCGGGCGCUUCUUAGAGUUGGUCCAUCCGAAGCUGAACUAUCAGCACGCCUUGACGCAGCAGGUGCGCAUGGUGGAACCUCUGCGAGAGGUGCAGCUUCAAGAGGGCGCCCCGGAUCGUCCGCGUCAGUCCGGUGAGGUCGAAGGAGUCCGGUCGAUCGUCACGGAGGAGGACUUCACGAAGGAAGAAGCGAGACGUGAGACGAAGUUUCUACACCCCGAGCUGCAAUCGGUGCUGGAUCAAGCCCAUGAGAUUCAGCAGCAGUUCGAACUCCAACCACAGAAGCUCGCCUUCCUGAUGCACAACAUGGUGAUCUCGGCCUACCGACACAAGUGGCGACUCCGCGGCUAUCAGAGUGUGGACCAUCGCAUCAAGGACGGCCAUGUGGAAGGUAGGUGGACACAUGAUAAUUGGGCCGUGUGUGUGUGUGUGCCCAGACGCUCCGUUCACAGCCCGACCCUGGUUCGACCCCAGACCCCUCCAUAUGAGCCCCCGGACCCCUCCAUGGGAUUCGGGCCUAGGGUCGCGUCUGGGUGGCCGUGUGUGUGUUUGAUGUUUUUCAACUGGUGCAUAGAGUAG